AGAUAAUUACAGAGUGGAAAGGUGGUAAGGUGUUGCUUGCUCCAACGCUCCACUCUCCCUGAAGCCUGCCGCCGUGUGAGCUUCCUUCCUUUCUUUACUUUUUGCAGAUAAGGCGCCAAACAAUUCAACUUCGUCAUUUCUUCCCCAACAAUUUACACUCCGACCAACUCAGAAAUGGCGCAGACCUGCGUUUCCACCUCCGCCUCUGCUCUCAGAUUCAACUCCCUCGUCCUCGCUCCAAACCCUAGCUCUUCUCAACCGAAGGCCCUCUCUCUCCCCUUCCAACGCCUUCCUUCAAGGAUGUUUAAAAAUUUAGUUGGCAGCAAAAAGAGUUCUCCAGUGAAAGCUAUCUACUCUGGUGAAUUUUGGACACCGGCGGAAAAGAAUUCUCGUCAAGGAAUUUGGUCCAUAAGGGAGGAUGUGCAAGUUCCAUCUUCACCAUACUUCCCUGCGUAUGCACAGGGACAGGGGCCACCCCCCAUGGUGCAAGAACGCUUUCAAAGUGUUAUUAGUCAGCUUUUCCAAUAUAGAAUAAUACGUUGUGGGGGAGCAGUUGAUGAUGAUAUGGCAAACAUAAUUGUUGCUCAACUUCUUUACCUUGAUGCUGUUGAUCCUCAGAAGGAUAUUGUGAUGUAUGUAAAUUCACCAGGAGGAUCUGUUACUGCUGGUAUGGCCGUUUUUGACACAAUGAGGCAUAUCCGACCUGACGUCUCCACAGUAUGUGUUGGACUUGCUGCUAGUAUGGGAGCUUUCCUGCUUAGCGCCGGUACCAAAGGAAAAAGGUACAGCUUGCCAAAUUCGAGGAUAAUGAUCCAUCAGCCUCUUGGUGGAGCUCAAGGUGGGCAAACCGACAUCGAUAUUCAGGCAAAUGAGAUGCUACAUCAUAAGGCAAACUUGAAUGGUUAUCUCGCCUACCACACUGGUCAAAGUCUUGAAAAGAUCAACCAAGACACAGAUCGCGAUUUCUUCAUGAGUGCGAAGGAAGCCCAAGAAUACGGGCUUAUAGAUGGCGUUAUAUCGAAUCCACUCAAAGCUUUCCAACCUUUGGCAGCCCCAACUGCGAUUGAAGAUGAAUCUGCUGAGCAGACGGUUACAGACAGUUAGAGGUGAAUCUAGUGUCCGAACCUUACGGUUUGUUGCAAGUAACGACCUUUAUAUGUUGUAGAGUUGUAUGGUGAGGAGAGGGAUAUAUUUACGGGGUUAACUUUUAAUGCUGGAUGGCGUUAAUAUCCGUCAACCAGUGUAGAGAAACGCUAGUUUUGUUGUUGGUUUCCUCUGAAUAAUACUUGAAUCAUGAAAGAAUAUAAAUUUCUCUUGGUAUCCUUAA